CAUUGCCAACUAUAUACUAUGAUCGUGGAGGGCACCCCCUUAGGUAUGGGCUUGGUGUUUUAACAAAGACGAGAGUAAAAGAUGGAAGAGGAGAGGGAAAAGACGAGAGGAGAGGGAGAGAAAGAGCGGAUAGAGAGAGAACGUGAAAAAUCAUAGGAGGUUUGGAUACACUGGGUGCAUGAAACUCACCAAGUGUAGAGUCGGUUAAAUCAGUGAGACCUAAUUGUUUGUUUAUCUCACUCUUGCCUAAUCUCAUCGACUACUCAAGACGGUGUUAUGGAGGAAGACGACAGAGACCCAUCUGAAAUUAACAGUGCUGAUGUCAACAAAGUACUGCAAUCCAGCUUCGUUUACCUGAACAAGAAAAGAAAAUUUCAAGCUGGGCAAUCAAGCUUGCCUCUCCCAAAGCAUAAAUGCUGGGAUCGAACCUCUAGUUCAGAGUCUCAAUCUAAUGAAAACCUGAGAGUAGAAGACUUUAACAUACUCCUAAGCAAGGGUAAAACUGUUGUUGGGGCAAGAGAUAGUGAAUCAGAACUAGAGUCAGCACAAGAUAGCAAUAGUUUUGGUGGAAACUCAGACUCUGCCAUGUCUAUAUCUGGUGAAGCUAAAAUUCAGUUGGAGUUUUUCAAGAAUAGCCUCUAUUCUUUGGAGAGCAGAUCAUUUACAAAAUCCGGUGCUGACAGAGUCCAACAACCAUAUAUUGGCGGAGACCAUAAUUUUCCUCAUAAUGAUUUUGGACCACACGCAUGUUUGAAUUUCGAUGAGCACCUCCUAGAAUAUGGGACCCACAUAGAUUUCAAUUGCUUAGAACUUGGAAAUGAAAACAUUGAGGAAUGUACAGAUAAGGAAGUUGAAGAUAUGCUAUGCUCCGAUGAGCCGUCUCCAAAUAAUUAUGUUCUUUCAUCCGGAAGAUGGAGUGUCAACCAAGAGACUCCACUGAGCCCCAAAAAACUGACCAUUGAUAAAGAGUUUGAGCAGUACUUCUCCAUGCUUACGCUGUAGGAGAGAUUUAUCGAAUAAGAACAGUGAAAAUGUAUAUGUUUAAAAAAAUAUCUGUUGUAUCGGAUGUGACUCAUUGCGGCCUCUGUGUUAUUCAUUGAUCCAUCCUGUAUUCUAUAUUGGCUUGCACAAACUCAUGUUUGUAAGCUCAACAAAUUUAUAUCCUAUGGUAUGUAUUCAUGUAGUUUUUGUUCA